GACAAUUGCAGUCAGCCAGCUUGCACACCACAAAGACAUGACACUACCAGUACAGUAUGGCACACCUACUGCGCGGAAAGCAGGCCGGCGUCCACAACGACCUGUCUGCUGGCCUGGGACCUGAUCUCUUUGUCCUCGACCAUAUCAAGAACUAUGGCAUCGACAGCCAGAUUUCGCAAGUAGCAUAUGAUCCCGUGCAAUCCCUCCUCGCCGUCGGCACCAACGAAAGCAAGUUCGGGCCCGGCCAAAUCUACGUCUUCGGCCAGCGGCGCGUCGAAGUAGUCUUCCACCUGCCGCGCCCUGCCUCCGUGAAGAUACUGCAGUUUUGCGCCGAGAAGCUGCUCUGCGUCGAUUCGAAGAACGACUUGUCGGUAUUCUCGCUCGAGACGAAGCGGCUGCUGAACGCGCAUUCCCCGCCCGCAAGGAUCACCGCCCUCCACACCGACCCGACGCUCGACUAUGCGCUCCUGGGAACACAACAUGGGGAGGUUCUGGCAUACGACUUGGACAGGGAGCAGCUGACGGCCUUUAGGAUACCGAAUCUGUGGAGGGAGCAGUUUCCACGGUCGAGGUUGACCUCCGUGGUGACGCUGUCGCUGCAUCCCCGGGACAUCGGGACACUGCUCAUUGGCUACAAUGCGGGUGCGGCUGUAUACUCGUUCAAGCAGAACAAGGCUGUCAAGUUCUUCAACUAUGUGCUUCCGAAAGGAGCACCCGGAGGAGACUCGGAUCCGGCGUCCAUCUUCACAGAGCGGAGUCCGCCUUUGACUCAGGCCGUCUGGCAUCCCACCGGCACCUUCAUCCUCACCGGGCAUGAAGACAGCAGUCUCGUAAUCUGGGACGCGAAAGAUGGCAGAAUCAUCCAGGCUAGGACAUUGCAGGACACGAACGUAGACAAGCCUGGUCCGGGCACCUUCAGUCCAGGCGCGGGUCCAGGCACUUUUGCCAUCAAGAGCCCUAUAUUCAAGGUCGCAUGGUGUGCAAAUGAGGAUCCCGACGAUACCGGACUUCUCAUUGCCGGUGGCCAGCCAUCCACCAUUACUGCCAAGAGCCUGACCUUCUUCGAGUUGGGUCGAACGCCCAUAUACAACACGGCGUCCUGGCAAGUCCUCUCGGAACACUUCGAGAAUCCAAAGCGCCAGAGAAUACUGCCGUGUCCGCCAGGAGCGGAGGUUAUCGACCUGUGCCUCCUCCCACGUAGAAGCCCCCACUUUGCCGGGUGCCAGGAUCCCAUCGCCGUUAUAGCUGUACUCGCAUCUGGGGAAAUAAUUACAUUAUCAUUCCCAAGCGGAAUGCCCAUCACGCCCACAAAUCAGCUACACCUUUCGCUGACCCUCGUUCAUCCGUUCGUGAACUACACUAACCUUGCUCCGGUCGAGCGGACAAGAUGGCUGGGCAUGACCGAGAAACGACAGCAUGGCCCGAAAUUCCUCACAGGCGGACAUGAAGCGGACUACCCUCUCAAGAGAUUCGAACAUCGAAACGUCGUUCAGACUUCACACGCAGAUGGCACCGUCAGGCUGUGGGAUGCUGGGCACGCCGACGAGAUCGAGAAUGGCGAGCUUCUUCAGCUUGAUGUUGCUCGUGCAGUAGGCCGACACGAAGAUGUAGAAGUUACCCGGAUAUCCUUCGCAGGUGCCGCAUCCGAGCUGUCCGUCGGGCUCAGGUCCGGCGAGGUCGCCGUAUUCCGAUGGGGCAUCAACAAGCACCCGGGUCAAGAAAUCCCGCCCGGCGAAAACGCACCAAACGCGCUGACGAACAUCGCCGACCGGACCGAAGCAUCACUCAAAGAAGGUAUGAUACCAUUCACUCUACUUAGUGAAAACAAUGGGCCAGUGACCGCCCUGAAGCAUUCAGACGUCGGCUUUGUCGCCGCUGGUUUCGAAGGUGGAAGCUUAGCAGUCAUCGAUCAGAGAGGACCAGCCAUCAUCUAUCACGCGAACGUUGCAGAUUUCAUCAAAGGAGAUAAGCGUGGCAGCUUCCGACGCAGUUCAAGUCAAACAGCAUCCAAGCCCGAAUGGGUAACCAGCAUGGAGUUCAGCGUCAUGACGUUGGACGGAGAUGACUAUUCAAGCAUCCUACUCCAUGUUGGAACGAACCUAGGCCAUCUCGCAACCUUCAAACUUCUACCAGAAGCCGGAGGUCGAUACUCAGCAAGCUUCGCCGGUGCUUGCUCGCUCGACGACCGCAUCAUCAGCAUAUGCCCUUUCCACGCCGAUAAUGGCCGACCGGCAUACGCCUCACAGGCGGCGGUGUCAGGGCUGAGAAACGGAGCCAAGGUCAACGGCGUGCUACUUGCGGUAACUGCGUCAGGUGCCAGGAUAUUCAAGCCAGCAACAAGCAAAGGCGCGCACAAGACAUGGGACGAGUUUCUGUGCGAUUCGGCCGCUAUCGUGCGGUACCAGGACCUGGGAUACGCGCUUCUUGGCUUAUAUGGCGACGGUUGCGCACGAGCAUACUCAAUACCUGCGUUGAAGGAAAUUGGAGCCGUCAAGGUAACUGACGUCUUAGAUCUGCGGCGGUUCUCUGAGGCUGUCAUAACCAGCACGGGAGAUAUCCUUGGCUGGAAGGGCCCCGCUGAGAUGGCUCUGAUCAAUGUUUUCGGCACGGGCUUGAAGCUCGACCAAACCCGCGAUACCCUCAUGAACCCAGAGCUCCUUAUCCCGCCCCGCCCCACCAUCUCAAACCUGCAAUGGAUCUCGGGCACCCAAUACGUAACGCCGCAAGACAUGGAUCUCCUCAUCGGCGGCCCCAACCGCCCGCCCUCAAAGCGCAUGCUUGCGCAGGCGCGUGGGGAAGAGGAAUUGCGCCGCCGCGAGGCUCGUCAAGCUGGCCGCGCUGGAGCAUCUUCGUCCGCCGCUAGCCCGCCACCAGCCAACGAGACCUGGGGCGCUUGGGCGUCCAGGCAGCUGAAUGAGAGGACGGAGAAGUUGAAUCUGGUGGGAGAUAACAUGGAUAACUUGAGUGAGAAUAGUAAGGGGUGGGCGGACGAUGUGAAUAAGUUUGUGGCGAAGCAGAAGAGGGGCAUGGUUAUGGGGGCUGUGAAGAGUAAGUUUGGGUUUUAACAAAGGGGUGUGGGAUGGGGAAGGUCGGGUGGAGUUUGGUAUUUUAGAUGAGUUAUUGGGCUCCAGGCGUUCGGAAGGCCGUCAUAUGAACCGAUGGAUUUGGGUACGUUUAACGUGUUUGAUUAAUUGAGUGAUGCUCGCCUGGUUAAUAAUGGCAUGGCAGAGCCUGGGCCCAAUCUUGAUUCUAGUGCAGUUGGGGGCUUGUUUCCCCUGCACGCGUUUGAGAGGUGGGAUCAAGAGUUCCUCGCAUAGCCGUUGCUCGAAUAUACACGCAU